AGAAGCAGAACAGCCCGGGGGCCACCGCCGGCUGGCGUCGGCGGGGCGCGGAAGAUCGGCGGCGGCUACCUCCGAGUCGCCGCCCGCCCCGGCCGGGCCGGAUCCCGGAGCCGUCGAGCAUGGAGCCCUGGAAGCAGUGCGCUCAGUGGCUCAUCCACUGCAAAGUGCUGCCCGCCAACCACCGGGUGACCUGGGACUCGGCGCAGGUGUUCGACCUGGCACAGACCCUCCGCGAUGGAGUCCUGCUCUGCCAGCUGCUCAACAACCUGCGGGCACACUCCAUCAACCUAAAAGAGAUCAACCUGAGGCCGCAGAUGUCCCAGUUUCUCUGUCUGAAGAAUAUCCGGACAUUUCUGUCAGCCUGCUGUGAGACGUUUGGAAUGAGAAAAAGCGAACUUUUUGAGGCAUUCGACCUGUUUGAUGUUCGUGACUUUGGAAAGGUUAUAGAAACAUUAUCUCGGCUAUCCCGCACACCAAUAGCGUUGGCCACAGGAAUCAGGCCUUUCCCUACAGAAGAAAGUGUAAAUGAUGAAGACAUCUACAAAGGCCUUCCUGACUUAAUAGACGAAACCCGUGUGGAGGAUGAAGAAGACCUCUAUGACUGUGUGUAUGGCGAGGACGACGGCGGAGAAGUCUAUGAGGACUUGAUGAAGGCGGAGGAAGCUCAGCAACCUAAAUCACAAGAAAAUGAUAUACGAAGUUGUUGCCUAGCAGAAAUUAAGCAGACAGAAGAAAAAUAUACAGAAACUCUGGAGUCAAUAGAAAAAUAUUUCAUGGCACCAUUGAAAAGAUUUCUGACAACAGCAGAAUUUGACUCGGUAUUCAUCAAUAUCCCUGACCUUGUGAAAGUUCAUCGGAGCUUAAUGCAAGAGAUUCAUGAUUCCAUUGUAAAUAAAGAUGACCAGAACUUGUAUCAAGUUUUUAUUAACUACAAGGAAAGAUUGGUUAUUUAUGGACAGUACUGCAGUGGAGUGGAGUCGGCCAUCUCUAACUUAGACUACAUCGCUAAGACGAAGGAAGAUGUCAAAUUGAAAUUGGAGGAAUGUUCAAAAAGAGCAAAUAACGGGAAAUUUACUCUUCGAGAUUUGCUGGUGGUUCCCAUGCAGCGUGUGCUGAAGUACCACCUCCUCCUUCAGGAACUGGUCAAACAUACCCACGAUCCUAUGGAGAAGGCGAACCUGAAGUUGGCCCUGGAUGCAAUGAAGGACUUGGCACAAUAUGUGAAUGAAGUGAAAAGAGAUAAUGAGACCCUUCGUGAAAUUAAGCAGUUUCAGCUAUCUAUAGAAAAUUUGAACCAGCCAGUUUUGCUCUUUGGGCGACCUCAGGGAGAUGGUGAAAUCCGAAUAACCACACUGGACAAGCAUACGAAGCAAGAAAGGCAUAUCUUCUUAUUCGACUUGGCAGUGAUUGUGUGUAAAAGGAAAGGGGAUAACUAUGAGAUGAAGGAAAUAAUAGAUCUGCAGCAUUACAAGAUAGCCAACAAUCCUACCACUGACAAAGAAAAUAAAAAGUGGUCUUAUGGCUUCUACCUCAUCCAUACCCAAGGACAAAAUGGGUUAGAAUUUUAUUGCAAAACAAAAGAUUUAAAGAAAAAAUGGCUGGAACAGUUUGAAAUGGCUUUAUCUAACAUAAGGCCAGACUAUGCAGACUCCAAUUUCCACGACUUCAAGAUGCACACCUUCACUCGGGUGACGUCCUGCAGAGUCUGCCAGAUGCUCCUGAGGGGAACAUUUUAUCAAGGCUAUUUAUGUUUUAAGUGUGGAGCAAAAGCACACAAAGAAUGUUUGGGAAGAGUAGACAAUUGUGGCAGAGUUAAUUCUGUUGAACAAGGGCCAUUCAAACCACCAGAGAAACGGACGAAUGGACUCCGGCGAGCUCCCAGACAGGUGGACCCAGGUUUGCCAAAGAUGCAGGUCAUUAGGAACUACACCGGGACCCCGCCCCCAGCUCUUCACGAAGGACCACCACUGCAUAUCCAGGCAGGAGACACUGUGGAACUUCUGAGAGGAGACGCACACAGUGCGUUUUGGCAGGGACGGAAUUUAUCUUCAGGAGAGGUUGGAUUUUUCCCAAGUGAUGCUGUCAAACCAUCUCCAUGUGUACCUAAACCAGUAGAUUAUUCUUGCCAACCCUGGUAUGCUGGACCAAUGGAAAGAUUGCAGGCAGAAACUGAACUUAUUAACAGGGUGAAUAGUACUUACCUUGUGAGGCUUAGGACCAAGGAGUCUGGAGAAUAUGCAAUUAGCAUUAAGUAUAAUAAUGAAGCAAAACACAUCAAGAUUUUAACAAGAGAUGGCUUUUUUCACAUUGCAGAAAAUAGAAAAUUUAAAAGCUUAAUGGAACUUGUGGAGUACUACAAGCACCAUUCUCUUAAAGAAGGGUUCAGGACCUUAGAUACGACGCUACAGUUUCCAUACAAGGAGCCGGAACAUUCAGCCGGACAGAGGGGUAAUAGAGCAGGCAACAGCUCCCCUCCUCUGUUCUGUGGCUUUUCUUUUGUAACUCCUCCAGACUACAGCUUUGUUCCCCCUUCCUCCACUCCUUUCUGGUCAGUGCUAAGUCCCAAAGUACUGGGCAUUGCCAUUGCUCGGUAUGACUUCUGUGCAAGAGAUAUGCGGGAACUCUCCUUAUUGAAAGGGGACAUGGUGAAGAUUUACACAAAGAUGAGUGCAAAUGGCUGGUGGAGAGGAGAAGUCAAUGGCAGGGUGGGCUGGUUUCCAUCCACAUAUGUGGAAGAAGAUGAGUAAGGUCCCACCUGCACCAAAAUCUCCAAGAAGGGGUAAAGAGAAGCCUGCACUGUGUUAUGAGUUAACUGAAGUAUUUAGAAAGCAGCAUUUCUGGCUGUUCAACACCUCCCUUCUUUUUUUUUCUCCUUAGUCUUAAUGCUGGGAUUUUCUAAAGAUGCUGGUCCUGACAGAUUAAUGGCUUGCCUAGAGCAGUGCAAGAAACAGCCUGCCAGUCUGUCAUUGUCAGGGACCGGGGCAAAACCAAAAGCUUUUCUUCCCCUAAGAGCCCUGCAAAUACAUCAGGUCAGGGUUCUCCUACUUCAUUGGGUCAGGCACCAUGGAUGCCAGCCAUUAGGAAACGUUUCAUGCAUAUUUACUUUGUUCUUACAGCUUUUGAUGAUACAAAGAAACAGAAGUUUAAUUUUGCUUUUUCCCAGCAUGAAGAAAAAGUAGAGUUCUGCCAUCUGGGAAUGAUCCAGCUUGCUGGAAAGAUCCAGCAUUUCUUGUCUUAAAUUGUUCAACAGGUGACUCAUUGCCUAGCAAACACUUUUAUCCCCAGAUGUUACUUGCGAUCAAAUGAAAGCGACUCAUGCUCAGGUUUGCAUCGUAAGUGAUAAAUUACAGAGGGGGUUUUAAUUAUUUAUUUGAUGUCCUGAUUGUAUUUCCACACUUCUUUAUAAAGAAGAAAAAGAAAAGCACAUGAAAGGAAGUGUCUUUGUAUUAAAGCCUCACAACUUUCAUGAUUUCAUAGGGUGUUUUGGAAAUGUCAUGCUUGACAAAGGGAGCUUGGCUAGGCAGGUCCUGCUUAGUUGCCAGGAAUCCCAGUGAGGUAGAGGUGUUUACAGAGACAUAUCCUGUAAUCCAUAGGACAUCCUUGUAGGCAGCAAUACUGUUAACACGAACCUUUCCCUUCCCCUUGGAAAGAUCCAGGGCGUAUUUUCCUAUUUCCAUUCUUUUUUUAUUUUUUUAAUAGUAGCACAAAAGAGCUUUAUUGAGGAUUUGGGAAGGAAAGUCCAUUGUUUCUAAGAGAGAAGGAAAGACACCAGUGUUCUCUUGGCACCUUGUUUUUCCCUUCUGAAGCCAUUCUAGCUAUGUCUUGAUUGGUAGUGAGAUCCAUUUUGCCGUGUGUUUCUUUCACAAAGCCUUCACUGUGUUCUGUAAGGGGUCUAAGUAGCUUCCUCCUGAGAUGCGUGGAGUCCCUAUUUGAGGCAGUCAAAUUAAGAUGCUAACUUGGCCCUUCCAUGGUGGACUAUCUCUUUCAUAGCAGUAGCUGUGUUCUGACAAGAUUCAGAAAGUGUUCCUGCUUGGAGGAAAAAUAGAAGUAUUUUUAUCGUAGACAUGAUCUAGAAGCUUCUUGUACCAGAUUUUUUGGUCACCUCUGACAUGAAAGGCCUGUGACAGCCUGUCCUCUCCCAGCUCGCAUGAGUGCCAGAACUUGUUCAAUGGACACAUCUCCCUCCAAGAGACCCCUGGUGGCUAGAACUUCUCAUUUAAAUAGACCCAAGAUCUUUACCUCAGAUUAUGUAAACUGUGAUUGUGUUUUAGAACAAUUAAGCUUUUGUAUAUGUGUAAAUGGUCAUGAAAAUGUAUUUUAUAAAACAUAUGUACAGUCAACUUGUGCUGGCAAGGUCUACUCUUGGAAUGGAUUCCUACCCAGAAAGUCUUAUCUGUGUCUCGGGGAUGUUUUGUCUGUCACUGUCAGCAAGUGUCGCUCUGGAGAGUACAGCUUCCCACAGACUGAAAGGCUCCUGUGGACAGUAUUGUAGCAUGUAUUGUUUAUUUCAGUCAAUAGACUCCAUGCCUCACAAGUGGUAUGUGGUCUUCCUGUUGCAUUUCAUUGGCCUCAGAGUUUCAUAGCAGAGGACAGAAGAGCCUCUUUUCAUGACAUCACCAAUGGCAACUGUGUCUACAUUUAGUACUUUGUAUUGGAGAUUUUAAAUGCCACAAGCUGUGCAGAUUUCUAAUACCAAAGACAGAAGUAAAUGUUUUCCGUGGACUUUGUCUUGCCUGUCUGUAGCCCCUGUGUAAUAUGGUGAACUGGAAUGGUAUUUUACUUUGUAAUAUUUUGUAAAUAUGUCAAUAAAAUAGUUAAUACUUGCA